GUUGUCCUGAGUGGGUGGAGCGAUGGGAGGGCGGAGGUCACUCAGCAGGGAGCAACAGUACAGGUUGGACUCGCUCAGCAUGGCUUCAGUCGGGAAUUCACCUCUGUCCUUAUGCCAGGCCUCUAAUCCUCCUCAUCUUGUUCUGUAAUGAAGUGAGAACCAGCAGAGAAACUCAAACCCCAUCAGCCAAAGCCUAAAAAACAAAAAUCCUAUGGAUUUCAUGUCAGACGAUCCAAGUCCUUUGAGGGACGACUUAGCGAAUGAUUAUGAAUCCAUUCAUGGAGUCGAGGCUCUUCAACCCCAGUAUGAGACGACGAUGCCUGGAGUCGCAGGAAACCCCAACCAGCAGACCCGGGUCAACGCACCACCUUCAGCUCCACCAAGACCUCGGCUUCUGAGCAUCCCCACUGGGGCGCGGCGCGAACCGCCUCCUCUGCCUCCACGCAACCCGCCUCCUGUAGGCGGCAGCAGAAAUCAGUUUCCCUUCGCUAAUGACCGCAGCACUCCUCCACUGACGCGAUCCAACACAGAAGUGCACAGCUAUGAUCCCUGGGCUAUCCGGCUGAUCGACUCUCCACAAGGCAGCACAGGUGAUCUGGCUUCUUUCAGCAACGCAGCAGCUCAGUUGAUGUCGCGAUACCAACACAGCGACAGGAUUCACAACCCGGGCGUAGUUUGGGGCCGACUGUUACACAUCCACCCCGCGCUGCUGCAGCAGGAGGUGAAAGUCACUAUAUCUGAGAACGACACCAUCAAGUUUCCCAUUCCCACGCCAAUGAACAAGAAGGUGAAGGACCUAAUAGAUGAAUACUUCAAGUUGCUUGACCGCACCGCUGACACGAGCAAGGAUUAUGUCUUAAAAUUUUGUGACUCUGAGGAUUUCCUCACAAAUGAAGAACGUCUUGGCUUGCAUGAGAGAGUUCAGAUGUAUUGCAAGACAAAAGAGGCGAUCAACCUCCGACUGGUUCGAGUAAAUAAUCUGAAUCGCCAUCUUGCCAGAGAUGCUGCAGAUGGGAAAACUGGAUGCAAUUUGCACCAGUUCCUGCGGCCAGUCAGCGUCCACUGCACCGCAAAGCUGAGCUUGGAGAAUGUGCUCAGUGCCUUCAACAAACAUGUGAACGAACUCAUGAGCUCAAAGUGCAGUAAGAAUAUCCCUCUGGUUGUGACUAAUGUUCGCGUCAUCAGUAAUCUUCUAUCUGGGCUGACGUGUCAGGAGCUAGAGGAUGCCAUUGGUGCCCUUAAUCGAAUCAGUCAUGUGCAUAUGAACGACGAUCAAAUGAUGGAGUGUGAAGCUGCCUUGAUCAUGCUCAACGGGGCUCUGCUCAAAGUGCUGCAGAUAUAUUUUGAUAACUUCCAGUCAGACUUCAGAUCCCACAAACUUAUCGGCACGCCCCAAACCGAUGACGUCGAUAAGAAUCCGGAUAUAUUGCAGUUCAGCAUCGUUUCCAUCUACAAACUAAACCCGAGCUGGAUGAGUAAUUAUGAAAGUUUCUCUGUUUCCUGCGACUUGACAUACGGAGAAAACAAGAUCUGUGAGACCGGCGUUUCGGAGAACAUCAGCACGGCGUUCUCACAAGGAAACAACAUCUGCUGUAACCGCCUGAUGGUGUUUCCUGUUCCAGUGAGUGAGUUGCCAUAUGAGUGCAUGCUGACAUUUCGCCUUAAAGGCACAAAGCGAGGGAAAAACCCAGAACCUUUAAGCUGGGCUGUUCUGCCCCUGUACAGCGACAGGUCUUUUGUAAGAGGAGCCGUCCUGCUCAGCAUGUCGUCUCUUCCUGAGCCGCCGUUCCCUCCGUCUCCUGCCCUGUCCGACAGCCACAGGCAGCCCAAAGGAGUCAUCCUGCAGCUUGAAUUUGACGAGCAGUAUGUGUGGAAAUACUGCAGACCCAUUGCUCUUCCCGGGUUAAUCAACUUUACUCGUCCUUGUGAUGAAGUGCAAAGGAAAUUAUCAGAGAUCUCCAAAAUGCAUUGCCUCUCCUUCCUGACAAAAGAUCAGAAGUCUUUCCUGUGGGACAAACAUUCCUGCAGCGACAAAGGAAGCACGUUCCUCCACCUCCUUCUCGGCGGCGUCCCCCGGUGGCAGCCUGAGGACUUGACGGAAAUCUACACAGUGGUGGAGAACUGGCCCAUCCAUCUGCCAGAAGAGGCUCUCUUCCUGCUGACGCCCAGUUUCCCAGAUGAGACGGUCCGAAAAGCCGCGGUAGAUUAUUUUGCUCAGAUUCCAGAUGGAGAGCUGGAGUUGUUUCUGCCACAGCUGGUCCAGGCUCUGAAGAGCGAACGGAAACUUGACGGGCCUCUGGUGACGCUGCUGCUGGACCGAUCCCUGAAGAACGUACGGAUUGCUCAUCAGCUAUACUGGCUGCUGGAGGACAGCCACACUGACCGCUACUUCCAAAGCUGGCUGAGUAAAGUGCAGGCUGCCUUGAGGCACUGCUGUGGCCGAGCACUGAGGACGGAGCUGGAUCAUGAAUCCCGUCUGGUGCAAGUCCUGGUUCAGGUGGCCCAAAAAAUUUACUCUGCCGACAAGGCUCAACGUAAGAAUGUUUUGAACAGAGAAAAGGGAGUUAUUGAUGAGUUUUUCAAAAGUGGCAUCAGCUGCCGUCUGCCUCUAGACCCUGCAGUCAGCGUAAAAGCUGUCAAUGUGGAUGCAUGUAAGUUCUACAGCUCCAACACUGCUCCUCUGGGGGUGACAUUCAUUUGUGAAGACUCUCUGGCCAAAACCGCCAGUGUCAUUUGCAAGACGGGGGAAGACCUGCGUCAGGAAAUGCUGAUUCUUCAGAUAAUCCGUGUGAUGGACUGGGUUUGGCUCCAGGAGGGGCUGGACCUGCAGAUGAUCACGUUUCGGUGUGUUUCUACCGGCAAAGCUCAGGGUCUGGUGGAAGUUGUACCAGAUGCCGUGACGCUGCGAAAGAUCCACCAGGAGUGGGGUCUGGGUGGGACGAUCCGAGUCGACACGCUGGAGAAAUGGUUCCACAUGUUGAACAGAACUAAAGAAGGCUACGAAAAGGCGGUGACAAAUUUCAUCUAUUCCUGUGCGGGUUGGUGCGUAGCCACCUUCAUCCUGGGGAUCUGUGAUCGCCACAAUGACAACAUCAUGCUGAAGCAGAGCGGACACAUGUUCCACAUUGACUUUGGCAAAAUCAUGGGAAACGCACAGAAGUUUGCAAAUAUAUCUAGGGACAGAAAGCCCUUCGUUUUCACGUCCGAGAUGCAGCACUUCAUCACAGGCGGCGGAGAGAAACCUCAGCGCUUGCAUCACUUUGUGGAGCUCUGCUGCGAAGCUUAUAACAUCAUCAGAAGCCGCUCUGCCCUGAUACUCAGCAUGUUGGAGCUGCUGCUUUCUGCCGAACUCCCAGAACUGAAGGACUUCAAUGACUUGCAGUUCGUCCUGAACAACCUGAGACCUCAUGACACCGACCUAGAAGCCACUUCCUUCUUUACCAGAAAAAUCAAGGAGAGUAUGGACUGUGUGGCUGUCAAGUUUAACUUCUUCACCCACACAAUGGUUCAGCCAAAGAAGCAAAACACAAUACGCCGGCACAGCUUUCCCGCAACCAACACCAACAUCCAGAAAGCCGUCAUCCAGGACUUUUCUGUCAAGGGACGAGUUGUGACUUACAACCUCAGAAUAACAUUUGAUGAUGGAGUUUUGACGAGUCAGAAGACAUUCAGGGAGCUUGAGCUGAUCCACAAUAAGCUCCAGACUUACUUCAUUGAAUCCAAGCUGCCGCAGUUUCCAAGCUGGUAUCAAAUGUCGUUUACCCCACAGAAGAGGAAGGCUCUGCUGAAUACUUACUUAAAACAGCUCUUUGAGGGGCCGUGCAAGGGAGAUGAAUAUGUGUGCAGCUUGUUUCUAGAUGGUCCCAAUCCCAAAACAAAUGUGGGAACAGGAGGCCGUCCUCAGAUCCAGCUGCGUAUAUCGUACUCAGACUGCAAGCUCUCUGUGUUGGUGAAACACCUGCAGAACAUCAAGUUGCCAAAUGGUUCAAACCCUGAUGCCUAUGUGGUGACGCGGUUGAGACCAGACCCUACGCAGACCUCUAAGAGGAAGACGAAGGUGGUCAGCAACAACGACCACCCGACUUUCAAUGAGCUGCUGGAGUACAACUUUAUCACGCUCCUGGAUGGGAUUUUGCUGAAGGUGACGGUGAAGAGCAGAAAGGCCAAGAAGACAUUUGUAGCUGCAACCAGUAUUAAACUGGAAGAAGAACUGCUGGACAAGGAGCUCUGGUUUCCCCUUGGGAACUGUGUAAUCUGAGGACUGCACUGUGAGCCUGCCGCCAGCAGGGGGUGCCAACACACUUACUGUAUUAUAUGUUUUAUUCUAAUGUAGGCAGGGGAAUACAGAACACUGUCCACUAAGAAACUUUAUAAAUUAUAUUUCUCUACAAAAGCUAUGUUAACCUACCUCCAGAAUUUAAAGCACUGACUGGCUGGGAUUUUUGGCUUAAGUUAUGUGAAAAAUGCAUGUUUAUAGUUAAAUAAACCAAAUCAGCUUUUAAAAAAUUAAAUUAGAUCAAAUUAAUAUCAUAGAAAUAAUUUAUGAAGGAAAGGAUUUACUGCCCAUAUUUUCCUCUCGACCUCAAAGCCACAGAACUUCAAAAUAACAUCAUGUUUUUUUUUCAGUGAAAAUAAACCAGUUUUAUUUCUGUACUCUUAAAAUUACAACAGAUACUAAAUAUAAUUAACAAACUGAGUGCAGAGAAAGCUGUAAUAAUUUAACAGUUUGUCAAUAUGUAGUUCUAUUAAUACAUUCAAGGUCUCCAAACCGGACCUCUGAAGACGGUUAGGGCCACUAGAAGGAAAAAAGACAUUUAAUCUCAGAACUUUGACUUUGGAUCUCAGUAGAUUAAAGUCAGAAUUGGGAUUCAAGAGAGAACUGACAUCAAUUUGAGAAUUCAGAUUUUUUUCCUCAAAAUUCUGACGUUUUUCUCUCUGAUUUCUGACUUUGGAUUUCAGAAGAUUAAAGUCAGAACUUUGACAGUAAUCUCAGAAUUCUGACAAUUUCUUUCUCAGAAUUUGGAAUUUGGAAAAGAUUAGUCAAAAUUCCAAGAUUAAGUUCAGAAUUCCGAGAUUAAAGUCAGAUUUUCUUCUUGUUGUUUUCUUGUUUCAGUGACCCUCAGCCUCUUCCAAAGAGGGGACAUUUAUAAUCUGGAUGUUGCCCUCAAUGAAAAUGAAUCUGCCAUCCCCAGCAUCCUGCUUCUGCUUGUGGUCUAGUUUUUUUGUUUUGUUUUUUUGAAUCAGUGAGUCAAACUAGAGACUUUAUGUGUUUUAUGUGACAGAUUAAGAGUGAAGGGAUGCUUCAAGAUGUCUGCCUCUUACCUGCACAGACAUGUUUGUCCCUCCAGGCUGCCUGUCCUUGACCAGUGGAAUUAGAGGCGAGAGGCGAAGCGACUGUGUGAGCAGGAUGACAACUCAGCAUCUCAGGCCUAAGGGGCCGAGUUAACACUCAGCCCGCCUCCCUCUCACUCCAUCCACUGUUUUAUCCAUCAGUGGCAUUUAAAUACAGUCGGGCUCAUAGAGGCAACCAAAACACCGACUCUGAUCGACAUGCACGCUCGCUCCUGCUGGGCCAAACUGGGUCUUCAUGUUAUCUUGAUGCCAUUCCAGUCCUGACAGGCCUGUUGACCCGUACUUUCCUUUUACCUCAUUUAAAGGAUUUAGUGAUGAACAGAGAUGGAAAUAGACUUCCCUGCACUAGAUUCAGCUCAAUAAUGUAUACCUCUUUGGAGACUAUUUAUAAUAUUCCCUGACGGGUUUCUCGAAUGGAAAUGGAACUGGUUGCUAUUUUUUGAUGACUGCGGUCAUGUAGCGUCAUUAAAAUUGGUGUCAUUCACCACUGUCAGCCCGGAUAUGCGAAAGUAACAGAACACAGACACGUUUGUUGGCACCUCAGGUGUUAACAGCUCUAAAAUAAACGUAUCUGUUGCUGCAGCAGCAGCAUAAUCUCACUGAAAAUAUUACAUGAAGUCGACCUUUACUCAGCAGGGAGAAAAAAAAUUUGUGUUUAAAAAUAAAUGUCCUUUUUUUAAUUACUGUAAAAUACCAUUUGGCAAUCUGAGGACACUUACUCUUCUGUUUUGAAGCAGAAAAGAGAGCAAGGCUUUUUACUAUUCUUCUACACACAGUCGCUCUAUGUCAGUACUGUCCAAAUGUUUUGCUGAAAAUAUCAAGUUGAAAAUACUUGGGGGCACAAAAGUUCGUUUUUUUUUUUAUUAAGUUACUUUAUAUUAACUUCUCUCUCUUUUACCAACAAUAAACCAACCACACAGUAUUUUAAAGGUGACAUAUUAUUUCCUUUAACAGGUUAGGAUAUGUCUAUGCAAAACAUGUUCAUUACAUUUUUGCACAAAAUCAUUCUUUUACGUUUGCUCAUAACCGCUUGUCACUUUAAAUCCAAAUAAGCUGCUGGCAACGCCCCCGAACUCGAUGUUUAUACUCCCACAUAAAAAUGGCAGCCCACAGAUGCUCAAUUAUACAACUGUAUAUGUUUGAACAGCAGAAGUUGAGCCUCCCGCACAAUUAACAAGAAUGCAGAAAGUGUUUUCUAGUUGGUAAGUCAACAACAAAUUGUGCAGCGCAUACAGAGGUUGAACCAGAAGACCAAACGUGCACGAGUGCCGCUUCGGUUGCUAGGUGACGGGCGGAGUUUUGAAGGGGUUGCUAGGCAGCGGGCUGUGCUGCACGGUUACAAGAAGAAAAAAACAGCAUUCGGUUUUUCUGUGUGCGUUUUCGACAACAACAACAAACAGCUCACUCUUGUUUUUAGAAAUUGCUUAAGCUCAAGUUUGGUUUACAGUAAAAUUCACCAAAUGUUUUUCAGUCCAAUUUACCAACUUAGAAAAUUGAAAGGAGAAAACAUUUUUGAUAAAAGAUGAAAACUUUGUGUUGUACCUAACACUUUUCAUUUUACAUCCUCAAAUUAAUUAACAUUUGCCCCUAAUGUUAUUUUUUCACCUUUAUCUGAAUCAACCGCCUGAGUUUGUAAACUACCGGUACUUUUUUUGGUAGCAGGACAGAUGAGCCUUUUUUUAUCUAAAUGCCAAACAACUUGUGCCCAUUGGUUGUCAUGGCAAUUUAAUGAAGCUUACAUCCAGCCUAAUUGUUAAAGGAAAUGUCCCUUUUGUCAUUUAUUAUUUAAACCCCAAUUAGGAUGUCUCUUGAAACUGUGACUCACUUAAAAGUUUAAAAUGUGAAACUUUUUCAUACAAUUAUGCUAUCAAUUAUACAAUAAUUAUGCUAACAGUGAUUGUGUUAAAAGCAAUAAUUUCUUAACAUGGGAUUUUUUGUCCUCUGUAGUGAAAAGACUCAAAUUAAAGUUGUUUUAAUGAA